UUCUCAAAACUUUAACAAAAGAAAACAAAAAUCUUCAUUUCUCAGAUCCAUACAAAAAAAAUCUAUGGGUAUUACAAAAACUCCAAUGGCUUGUUUACUUAUAGUAAUAUUAACAGUUUCAGUGUCCCAUUACGAUGUUUUGGCCUUAGGAGGUGCAGAGACAAAAACGUUUACAUUUAACUUUGACCACUGCGGUAGAGUGUGUUCGGAUGACUACGGACGAUAUGAAUGUUUUACUGACUGUUGGGUGGCGAGAUACUCUGAUGGAGAUUGUCUUUCGCGUUCUCCUAAUGAUCCUAAAAGAUGUUGUUGCCAAACAAUAUAAAAAAUUGUACUUCUCUAUUAAUAUCCGAGAUUUUUUUUUUUAAGAUUUUGAAAACUUUCUCUACCAACAAAAACAUAUUUUUAAUUCAAAAAUAAUCUACUG